AUGGGCAGCUUUAUAUCCCCACCGCGCAGCGCGAACGCGCAGCCGCCAUUAUCCUAUAAAAGCCUCGAGCGCCCCCAUCGACGCGUAGUUGAAAUCGAGAGGCAAAGUUGCGAAUAUGGAAAGUGUUGCCGAGAAUCGGGCGCCGCCGCCGCGAUGAACUGCCAGGGACAGGCGCAGGUGCGGGGGCGGAGGCGCGCCACCCGCACGCCCCUGCCGGCCGCGCUGGGCGUGCGCCGCGACCGCGAGCGCGAGCGGCGCGAGGAGCGCUACGCGGCCAGCAAGUGGGGCGCAGCGCCCGCGGCCGCCGCGCUGCCACCGCCGCCCACCCACUGGCGGCGCGACGGCCGCUGCCGACCGGAGCCCGACCGCGCCCUGCCACUCAAGCUGCUGCUCAACUUAAGUGCAGCCGCCGCACGGCGCGCGCCGCCGCCGCAGCCCCGCCCGGCUCCCUUUCAAAAUAAACGAGAAAAAAACCAAAAAAAAUCAGUGGGGCCGCGGGGGACUACGGCCGGGGCGCGCGCGGUGUCGGCGCGGCCCGGCGCUGCGCCCCUCGCCGCCUGCGCCUUGCACCCUCAAGCGGUCUCACUCGGUGGCGCCCCAAGCCUU